AUUAUCUCGGGCCUCGUCCUUCGUGGCAUUCUCACUCUCAGUCUCGCCACCAUGGCUGCCCAAAUGCCCCUCGAUCAGGUUUUUAUUGUCUCCAUUUGGAUGGAGGCAGUCCUAUACGGGUUUUUACUCGCGCUCACACUAGCGUCGGUGUAUAUUAACUUGGCCUUGCACCGGCACCAGAGUACUCACAGUCGUAUCAUGUUUGGUGUUGGCGUCGUCAUGUGGGCAAUCGCCACGGUCCAUCUUUCUCUCAACUGCUAUCGUUUGAUACAAGGCUAUGUCAUCCAUCGUGAUUACCCCGGAGGGCCUUCAGCUUGGUUCAGUGUCCUCUCGUCAUGGGAUCAUGUCACCAAGGAUACCUUGUACGCUACGCAGGAGAUUCUUGGAGAUGCAAUUGCUAUAUAUCGGGCAUGGAUUCUCUGGAACCAGGAUUGUAGGAUCUUAUUCCCCCUCGUAGUGUUACUCAUAGGUGGCACGAUAUCUGGCUAUACCGUCUGCGGCACGUUUACUGAGGAACAUGGAACGUCAAACAUAUUCGACCACAAGCUCAAAUCUUGGAUAUCUGCGUUCUAUGCAAUAUCCUUCGUACAAUCUGUGCUAACGACAGGUCUCAUGGCCUAUCGCAUCUGGAGCACUGAACGGUUUUCGGCAAAAUAUCGUUUAGACAACAGAAGUCUCUUGCCCUAUUUGCGCAUCCUCAUUGAGUCCGCUGCCCUUCAGCUGAUAGCGGAGCUCAUCGUACUCGCUUUGUAUGCUUCCGGGCGCAAUGCGCAAUACAUUCUCCUUGAGGCCCUCACACCCGUCGUGGGAAUCACUUUCAACGCAAUCACCAUCCGUAUUGCGCUUCGCUCGUCUGAAACAUUCAUGAACAUGAAAGGGGAGCCGCGUCAGCACACGUCGGGCUACACCACGCGCCCAAUGCGGCAGACCAUUGGUGGAUCUGCUAUGCCUGCGCAGGCCAUCACGAUCAAUAUCGACCAGGACAUCGAGACAGAUGCUCGCAGUGAUGCCGAGGAACUCGACCGAAAAUAAGCUGAAGCUGCUUCGGACAGUACCUCCGUGCAUUCUCGUCAGAACUUCGAUGACAGCAUACCUAUACCACG